UGUUUUUCUACUUAUAUAUAUGUAUGUAUAACCUUUAAAACAUUCAUCAGUAUCUUUCUUAAAAUUCAUUAGUUCAAAAUUUAUAUUUGAAAUAAAUAAAUAAUGGAAACUGUAAGACCUUGUGGAUGUAAAGGUAUAAGGACUUGUCUAAUCUGUGAAGAGGAGUAUAAAAUUUUAAAAUCCAAUCCAUUUGAAGAAUUACGAAAAUUACCUAGCUACGUUUAUUGUCCUGAAUGUGAUCAAGCUUGGCCUGGGUGGGAUAUCAAUAUAUACAAAGAACAUCCAAAUCAUACUGGAAAUCCUGUAUAUUAUUCUGGAGUUUAUAUUAAGUUAAAUUUUUUAAGCGAAAAAGAAACAAAUAAUCUGAUAACAGAUAUUGAUAAUUUACCAUGGGAUAUUUCUCAAAGUGGAAGAAGAAAACAAAAUUAUGGACCUAAAUGUAAUUUUAAAAAACGCCGACUUAGUCUUGGAAAUUUUAAUGGUUUUCCGAUUACUACGAAAUUUAUUCAAAAAAAAUUAUCACAAGUUCCACUUUUAGAAGGGUUUAAAACAAUAGAACAAUGUAGUUUAGAAUAUACUCCAGAACGUGGGGCUUCUAUUGAUCCUCAUAUCGAUGACUGUUGGAUUUGGGGAGAAAGAAUCGUUACAGUAAACGUAACUGGAGAUUCCGUACUCACUAUGUCUCCUUAUCAAGGAUCUACUGCACGUUAUAACUUAGAUCAUGUUUCCACUUAUUCUUCAGUUGUUCCACAAAUGUAUUGUAAUGGUAAAAAUGUUGAAAACGUACCAGAGAAUGCGGUAAUUCGAUUGCCAAUGCCUGCUAAAUCUUUAAUAGUUUUAUAUGGUAAUGCAAGAUAUAAUUGGGAACAUGCAGUAUUACGAGAAGAUAUUCAAAAUCGAAGAGUAUGUAUUGCUUAUCGAGAAUUUACACCAUCUUAUCUUCCUCUCGGACUGCAUAGUGAUAAAACUGAAGAAAUUUUAAUUAAAGCUCAAAAUUUUUGGUAACUAAAGAUACAUAGAAUCAUCUCUCACUUUUUAACUUCAAUAUAUGUUUAAUGUAAAUCUGAAUUUAUAACUAAAAAUAAUAGUAUCUGAUUACAGAAGAAAAAUAUUAACUUUCGUAAAUUAUUAAUAUUUCAAUUCUUAACUGUCGCAGUUUGUAAAGAAAUAAAUUUUCAAGGAUAUAUUUCAAAAUUUAAAUUUACUGGAUACAAAAAGAUAAACCAUAUUUUAAACAUUUAUAAAUGAUAUUUUAAUAAUAAUUUAAUUGUUGACAAAAUUAGUUAAAUUAAUUUAUUGUUUUACAUAUUGAUAAUUUAUUAUGAAUUAGGAUAAGUCAAUG